AUGGCACAACAAGCACAGGCCGUCAUGCCUACAGAUAUGGUGCCCCAGCUGCAUCAUCCUCCACUCAAUGCGUAUUACCCCGAGAAUCCAAAUGAUCUGACUGGCGGCCUUCCUAUGAACCUGGAUUCGCUGAGGGAUGGUCCCCCAGGGAGCAAACCGUUCUACCCCUAUUCGACGUUGAUCAGAUAUGCUAUCAAGGGUGCACCUAACCAGAAACUGUUGCUGGAGGAUAUUUACUAUGCCAUUGAGUCAAGAUUUCCUUACUUCAGAAGUGCGCCUCCGGGUUGGAAGAAUUCUGUCCGACACAAUCUGUCGCUGAAUCCCUGCUUCGAGAAAGUCCCUCGCCCCCUCACAGACCGUGGGAAAGGCUCAUACUGGACGGUCAACGACAACGUUGAUCCUCGUACGGGUGUGCACCGCGUUCGCAAGAAGAAACCGAAGGGGUCCGGAAAGCGCGGGGAGCACAGGCUAGAGGACGACAUCGACUAUCACCCAGGUGGCAGCCAGGAGCCAACCUUCCAUGAUGCGAGCUUCGUCCCCCCACCAAUCCGACCGGUAGAGGAGGGACCAAGUGCUCAUCCACAACCACCCCCGCCUCCUCCCACGGCAUAUCCUCCACCCCAGUAUGCAUUCGACCCCAACUUCUCCAUAAUGCCGCCACCACCCGGGGGUAUACGGUAUCAACCACAACUGCCUCCACUUUUCCCUCCUGACGAACAAUUUGAGACCGAUGAACACGGGAAUAUCAACUGGCAGGCUGCAUGGCUGAAGGAACUCUCUCAGCUGCAACAGCUGACAGAAGAACAGCAGAAGGCGGGUGCGGAUCAAGAGUGGUACAGAAUGAUGUUGUUUAGGGUCAGGAGCGCGAUGGUCGCACCGCCGAUGAAUCCCGGCGAUCCUGCUGUCCAUAUAGGAGCUCCACCUCCGCGCAUGCCUGGGCAGCCUCCCAAUCAGGUGGAGAUACCCCAAGAGCAGUGA